AUGGCCCAAGUUCAAGGACGAAAAAUAACUAUCCUAGGCGCAGGCGGUAACCUUGGCUACCCAACGCUCAGAGCCCUACUCGCCAAGAACGCACACACCAUCACAGUGGUCCAGCGGCCUGAGUCAUCCAGCGAAUUUCCCUCUGGUGUCACUGUUAAGACUGGAAACCUUGAAGACGAAACCUUCCUGGGGGAUGUCUUCAAAGGUCAAGAUGUUGUCGUCCUGAUGCCCCCUCUGUCACAUAUCGUUGCCUUGCAGGAGCCUGCUGUUCGUGCUGCUGCAAAGGCGGGCGUUCCCUACCUUUUGCCGGCAGAGUACGGCCCGGAUCCUUUCGCCACGAAGCUUAUCGAAGAGAAUGGACUACUCCAGGCCAAAAAGAAGAUCCGUGACCUUAUUGACGAACUCGGCGUCAGUAGCUGGAUAUCGGUCACGGUUGGCGUAUGGCUGGAUGUCAACCUUAGCAAUGGCUUAUGGGGCAUUGAUGCCAAGGGCCGCAAAGCAACUCUCUACCCUGAGGCUGGCGGUAGAGUCACGACAUCUAGCAUCACACACACUGGCGAGGCUAUUGCGGCGGUACUGAGUUUACCAGAGACUGAUCUGGCGAGCUACAAGAAGGGGGCUGUCUACACUCCCUCAUUUCAUACCACACACCGGGAGAUGUUGGAUGCAGUGCAGCGUGCCUCCAAAACAACGGAUGCGGACUGGGAAAUCACAUCACGGGAUGUUGAUGAUUCCCUGAAAGAAUUCAACGAAAGAAUUGGCCAAGGGGAUAUUAUGGCUUCGUAUCAGAAGUUUAUCCUCACGCACUUGCUGGAUGGCUACGGGGGGACUUCAGAAAUUAGAACAAGUUGGACUGAAAGAGGAAGAUAUCGAGACGGUGGUUAG